AUGUCUUUUAUUUCUCGAUAUGUCACGAAGCGAAAUAUUGUUUUACCAAAACUAGGUGUUCAUCAAACCGAUAUUUCGAAAGUGCGGAAGCUUGAGCCUUUGAUUAGUGGCUAUAGUUAUCGAUGUUAUGUGCCUCUCGGAAGUAACGCUUCUAAUAAUGAUCCUUUGAUCAUCGAGAGAGAGAAGCAUCGUCUUCUCAAAGGAAAAGUAGUAGGAAAUGUGAAGCAUGCUCCAGUUUGGAAUGAAAGGUUGGCAUCGGAUAGUGAAGCAAUAGUUAAGGCUGAACGGGAACCAGAUUCAUCAUCGAUGGAUGACCUUCAACGUGAAACGCUCUCAUAUUUAAAGACACAUGACAUGGAUGACACACCUGACAAUGAUGAUUUCGUUGAGACGUUUAAGAAAAAAGUUGAAGUCAAACACAAUGAUAAAAGCAGCGAAGUUACUGAAGCUCACCAAUGGAAAAUGGAUAUUAAAUAG